AUGUCCCCAAGCCUCAGUUCUUACUUCGAAUUCGAAUUUAAUGCCAAGAUGUUUUUUGCUAAGCUCAACGGAUUACGAGGCUUCGAAGCUUCAAAGCCGAUAGUCAAAUCAAGUAGCCAUGACGAUGAAAACUGGGGCCUUAAAAGAACAUCAUCUGCGCAGAGCACUCUUACUGAAGCUGCUCGAAUGCUGGCAACAAUGUCCGGUUAUGAUGUUCAAAGACUACAAACCCACCGUGAAAACGAUCAAGACUCUCCCGAUCAUCUUUCAUCGCCUAAACACUUGUCCCCUUAG